AGGCGUCGUGCAGCCGGUGGCGCCGGGGCCGCCUCUCCGGGGAGCGGCCCGCGAAGCAGCGCGGCGGGCGCUGUGCGCUGAGCGGGGAGGGGCAGGGCGGCGGGCGCGUCUGGAGCCGUGCGGGGUCGGGCGGCGGCGCCUCGGCCGCCCAUCGGCGCUGGAUGGAGACUGAUUGCAAUCCUAUGGAGUUGGCCAAUAAUACAGGGUUUGAAGAAGAUUCUGAUUAUAGAGACUUCGAAGGAACAGACGUGAAAGAUAUGAGACUAGAAGCUGAAGCUGUUGUAAAUGAUGUUUUGUUUGCUGUCAGCAACAUGUUUGUGUCAAAAACCCUUCCCUGUGCAGAGGAUGUGGCAUACAUCAAUGUGGAAACCAGGGAAAGGAACAGAUACUGUCUGGAGCUCACUGAAGCGGGACUUAGGGUAGUAGCUUAUGACUUUGAUCAGACUGAUGAUAGACUGCAAACUCCCUAUCAUGAAACUGUCUACUCCUUGUUGGACUCUCUCAGCCCUGCGUAUCGAGAAGUGUUUGGAAAUGCAUUACUACAAAGACUAGAGGCUUUGAAGAAAGAAAGUCAGUCAUGACUUACCCAGACAUGAGGAAGAUUUAGUGCCAGAAGGAAUUCUUACUAUGAAGCACUGAGAUCUUCCUUACAAACAUCUUAAGCCUCAUUUCUUGGAUUAAAGUCUACUUCAUGUUACUACACUAUUAUAUAACAUUUAUACGUUAUAAGAAGUAUAUUAUAUAACAUUUUGCUACCAUGGUUUUGCAUAUAUCUCAAUGUUAUUAAAAGCCACUUUGAUAAAUAGCAGAAAAAAUUCUUAAUUUUACUUUCUGUUGUAAAUGAGCAUGUAAGUUGCUCCAUACAAUGUUCAAAAACCUUGGUCUCUUUUCCAAGUCUUAGUAUUCAAAACUAAAAAAAAUAGAGACUGAAUGUUAUAGAUAUAAGUAGUAAUUCUUUUUGUGUGUGCUUACUGAUAAUUUUCAUGCCUUCUUUUUAAAACAGAAGGUAACUACUUGCUCUACCCAAUUAAUGAAAAAAUUACUGGAAAACUUCUGCAAGGAAUUCCUGCUUGAUUUGCUAUAUGUAAAUCUGAAAGUUGUCAGCUUUGUAGCUUGAAAGAUGUUCUUCAACAGUUGAGCAUUGCUUAUAUAGUGGCAGUAUCUGAGUUAAAAGCAAGGCUCAGCGUUAAUUAAUCUGUACUUGUCUAUGGCAAUCAGCAAGCUCCAAAUAAUACACAAGAUGAACUGCUUAUAUAUGAAUGUAUUGUCUGAAACACAAAUGAUUAAGCACAGAAAUAAUGGGCUACACAUUUCCUAAAAAUUAUGUUCUCUAUGCUAUAAAUAUGUACUGCAACUGUUUGAGAGGCUUGGAAGGCCUGUUUACUAUUUUGAAUGUGUAUUUACGUGAUGUACAGGAUAUACUCAAGAGUAUUUUUGCUUUACUUUCUAUAAUACAGUACUUUGGUACUCCCAGUUUUCACGUUUUCUCCCUCAAUUGUACAGUGUCCUCUCCUAAUGAAUACUAUAUUAAGCACUGUAAUGUUAUUUGCAUUGUAUUGGUUUGAAACCAAAGGCUGUAUUGAAAUUUGCUAAGACUAAUACAAGCUGGAAGAUAUAACUUGUAUUUUCUAC